CACCUUUAACCCUUUCUCGUCAGACAAUAGUCUCUCUCUCGUUCUUCACCAACGUCGCCACAGCUGCAAAGGCUUCUCCGAUCUUGCACGCCGGCGACCCUCCUCCGAUCUCCGCUCCAGAACACCGCUGCCGGCGCCGGCUACUGCUACUUCUCCUGAAAUCAUGGUACAUGCAGCGAAAGGAGUAUUUAUCUCAUGUGACAUACCAAUGGCUCAAUUCAUAAUAAAUUACAACGCUUCAUUGCCACAAUCACAAAAGUUCAUUAUACACAUUUUGGAUGGAACUCAUCUGUUUGUAAGCAGUGGUAUGGAAGGCAUGAUAAGAAGUGCCAUACAAGAGUUCAGAGAGAAGAACACAUAUGAGAAACCUGCUUGAUUCUUCACUUCAUUCAUUAUAACAAAUUAGCAAUCACAAUUUUUCAAAAAUGGUCCAUCUGGUUUCCCAAAAGUGGCACUUUCAGAACUUUUUUGGAAAUCAAACAGGGUUAGAGCCUUUUUGGCUUGGGGUUAAAUACUUGUGUUAUGAUCGAGCUCAAGCUUUUGAUCAUUUGAUUGUAUUGAUUUAAUAUUGUUACGUAACAGAUAGAAACAUAAAACUAACUUUUUGGUAAAAUGGUUUAUUUUCUAAAAAGAA